GAAUAAAUGGUUGCUAGGGGCCUCGUAGGAUUAGUCGGUUGACUUCGGUUGCCGAAUUCCCACAGUUAUCAAAAUAUAUGUAUAUAUAUAAGGAGGUUAUUUACAUGAGAGAUAAUAAGAUGGUUAUGAAAAAAUUAUUAAGCGUUAUUAUGCUUAUGCAUGCAACCGUUGGACUUUCUUCUAACGUGAGGGGCUUAAGUAAGAACUACUACAUGAAGAGCUGUCCUACCGCAGAGCAGAUUGUGAAGAAUAGUGUUAACAAUGCUCUUCAAGCCGAUCCCACUUUAGCCGCAGGUCUUAUCCGUAUGUUCUUCCACGACUGUUUCGUUGAGGGAUGUGACGCUUCGAUUCUGCUAGAUUCAACAAAUGACAACACUGCAGAAAAGGAUUCGCCUGGGAAUCUGAGUCUACGUGGCUACGAGAUCAUAGAUAAUACAAAACAAGAAAUCGAGAAUAGUUGUCCAGGAGUUGUAUCUUGCGCAGACAUACUUGCCAUGGCUGCUAGAGAUGCUGUUUUUUGGGCUGGUGGUCCAUAUUAUCAAAUAUCUAAAGGAAGAUUUGAUGGUAAAAGAUCCAAGAUAGAAGAUACAAAAAAUCUUCUUCCGCCUUCUUUAAAUGCCUCUCAACUCAUUCAGGCUUUUGGCCGACGUGGGUUCAGUCCGAAGGAUGUUGUUGCUCUCUCUGGAGCUCAUACCCUUGGAGUUGCACGAUGCUCAUCCUUCAAGGCUAGACUUAUGACCCCAGAUUCUUCGGUGGACUCUUCUUUUGCAAACACUCUCUCUAAAACUUGCAGUGCCGGUGACAAUGCAGAGCAACCACUUGAUGCCACACGCAACGAUUUCGACAAUGCUUAUUUCAAUGCGCUACAGAUGAAUUCAGGAGUCCUCUUUUCAGACCAAACCUUAUUCAACACUCCAGUGACCAGGAAUCUUGUUAUUGGCUAUGCCUUUAACCAAUCCAAGUUUUUCUUUGAUUUCCAAAAGGCCAUGCGCAAAAUGAGCAAGCUCAAUGUCAAAAAUAGCUCUCAAGGUGACGUCCGUAAACAUUGUCGCUGUCUUAACUAAGCAUGUCCCAAAUAUAUUUAUGAUUAUCUGUACCAGUGCUCCCACCAUUGGUUAUUAUAUGUAUCUCUAUGAUAUGAUUCAUGACGAAUCACUUGUGCACCAUGUAAAAACUUGGUGUUCGUUUUAUGCUGUUGUGUACUACUUAUUGUUUGUGUAUCUAAUAAAAACGUCUGACGUUUGUCUAUGUAUAUAGCGAGUGUGUUUCCUUAUUAGAGCUCACACUUAUUAGACUUUGGGAGAGACAUGGUGACCAGAGAUUAUAAACUUGUUCAGUUUUUAGCUUUCAAAUAUUCAAAUCCCUUUAUAACUUACAAACCCAACCUGAAUCUUCUUCAUACAUGUACUGCACUUGGAACUCAAUAAUAUGGAUCAGCAUAAACUAAACCCUUAAUAAAUACAUAAGAAGAAAAAUAAAGACA